CCUCCCCCAUGCUGACCAUCCCGGUCGUCCGCUCGCCACCGUGUGUGUCCCGCACUUGAUUCCUUCCUCGGGCUCGUGCCGGAUCAGCAGCUUGACCUUCCUGAGCUGCGACGGAGUGAGCACAUGCAGCUACACGUGUUUUCCCGAGAGGGCAUGAUGAGCCCUUAAACAACGACAACCCCAUAUUUUUGGCUGUCUCCAUUCGUCUUCCUAUGCGCCCUCAACCCACCAGCACACUGACCCGGUUCAGGUUGGUUGCGGCGGCAUGGAGAUGGUAAUUCCUCCUCGCCACCAUGGGCCACCGACGUAUAGAUACACAUGGGAUGAGAACGGCGAGGUGACCCAGGUCACCAGAGUGUUAGAAGAUGGUUCACCCCUGAGCGAACCACUCGUGGCUGGGAGGCGGACAGUGCAGUGGCCAUUCCAAAGCGUCAUCGGCACCGAGACUGAAACCUCCAGCCCAACAUCAGCCCAUCAGCAGCAGCGGCGGGCGACGACGGCCCAGCUCUCCGGGCAGCUCCCGGCGCACUCUUGGGUCAGCUCCGGCUCCAGCGGCGAAGCGGUGGCCUCGGUUGAGCGGGAAGUCGAUGGUGUCGUUCCGGACUAUGUCGUCAACUUCCUGCGCGGGGAGACGCCCGAAUCAGUCGCCCGCCGGAAGCAGAGUACCAUCAUUGGCGGCGGGAAGACGGGCGAGCCGCAGCACCUCGACUUCGUUGCGCACCACCAGUAUCAGAGCCACCGGUCUAGGGUAGCAGAUUUUGAGGGCUUCCACUACCGAGGUGAUUCCUUGUCGUCGCUGGGCAGCCGCGCCAGCGACGAGGCAUUCUUGCCCGCAGAAAGCUCCUACGGUGGGGGGAGCGGGUGGAGGUUCUGGACAGAGGGUUGGCGAGCUGGCAUCGCCGUGAACUUGUUGCUCAUCUUUGUGAUAUUGAUCACAGGCUUUAUCUGCCUGAACGUGGGAAUCGCCAGGUCCACGCUGUCGGAAGGGAGGUGGGCCAUCUUUUCAGGCUCCUGCUCGAGUGCCGUUAGCCUCAACCUGGGCCUGCACGGGGCAAUAUGCAUCUUCGUCGUAGCCUUGGUCGCGGGCGCCAACUACGUCUUCCAGGUCCUCAUCAGCCCAACAAGAGACGAGGUGGCUGCCGCGCACCAAAAGGCGAAGUGGCUUGAUAUCGGGAUCCCGUCGCUUCGCAACCUUAGGAGAAUCGAGAUCAGCCGUGCAUUUCUAGCCGUUCUUGUCCUACUGUCAGCUUUCUUUACCCAGAUAAUGUAUAAUGCGGUAGUAUUUGUCUCGCAAACAGCACCGAAUCUAAAAGCAGCUUUGAUUGGCGAGUCCUUCAUCCGAGGCGCCGCUUCUAGCAUCGAAACUUCGGGUAGCAACGGUGGGUUAAGCCGUCUGGAUCUGCUCACCCUCCAGCAGCAUGCAAUGCGCGGGGAAUUGGUACGCCUCUCCGGGACGGCGUGCUUUGCGCGGCUCAGCGGCGCCUUUCAAACAGACUACUCCGCUGUUCUCCUAGUUUCCAACGACAACCCAGGCACGUCAUCCCUCGUACAGACGUCAGGGGGAGCCAACACCCUCCUAUCCCGACCCGGCGAACCAGGCACCACCACCCUCGCCAACCUAACCAUCGAGCCCUCCGCCAUCCAAUUCUGCCUAGCCCAACCCAGCCCCGCGCCAACAUGCGAAGUAAACCUAAACGCGGCACUUCUAGGCGUCGUGGCCCUCCUCAACUCACUCGCACUGGUUGCCACGGCCGCGGUGCUGUUCAGGCGCCGUGCGUCACCCUUCCGACCCUUGGCCACCCUGGGCGACGCCAUCUCGUCCUUCCUCGAGGAGCCGGACCCGACCACGCGGGGGUGCUGCCUCCUUUCCAAAACCGACGUCUGGCAGGGCCGCUGGCCCAUGGGACACCAGCAGCAGCAGCAGCCCUUCGUCCCGGAGCCCAAGUACUGGGUCCCCGAAAGCAGCAGCGGGCACAUGUACUGGCUGCGCGCCGUCUCCUUCCCGCGCUGGCUCGCCGCCGCGGCCGUCUGGGCUGCGUGCGUGGGCCUGGCCGCGGCGGGGCUGGCUGUUGCUGUCGUGAAAGAUCCCGCCGCGAGGCUCUCUCCACUGGGCGUUGCCUCGCCGCAUGCAGUGGUUCCCCUCGCCGAGUCGUCGAUGAUGAUGAUGAUGAUGAGGAUGCCCGCCAGCGCCGCCGCCAUGGCCCUCGUCGCGUGCCUCCCCCAGGCGCUCCUCGCGCUGCUGUACUUUGCCGUCAACGGGGUGGUGACGGGGUAUUUCCUCUCGCACGAGUCGGCGUUGUUUGCCAUGGGACCGAAGCCGCUGCGGGUGUCGUCGUCGUUGCAGGGAGGUGCGGCGACAUCCAACAGGGGCGCUCAGGUCACGUCCCUUUACUUGACGCUCCCGAGGGCAGUGUCCUGGGCCUUGAUGGCGCUGUUCCUUGGCAUGGCGUUCGUGCUGAGCCAGAGCCUGUUUGUGGUGGCCGUCCAGGUUGUUGAUGUUGAUCUCGCGGCUGCUAUCCUGCAAAACGGGAGUUACACAAGCCUCCCGUCCCCUUCGGAUGCGGGUGGGACGGGAGUGCAGCCGCCGCUGGUUGGGCUUGGGCUGAGCGGCGUGGGCCUGCUCACGUUGCUAAGCAUCUUGGUGCUUUUGGCUGUGCUUGUCCUGGGUUUGGGCCUGCGGCGAGCCCCGGCCGCGGGUAUUGUGAACGGGGAGCUAACGGGGAAUCCCAUGGCGCUGCCGGCCGGGUCGUGUAGUGCCGUUAUUAGCGCGAGGUGUCACCCGCUCGCGAGGGAGAAGGGGUUACAGAAGAAGCCCGUCAUGUGGGGCGUGGUGAGGGAAGGGGUUGGGAUGGCGCCGAGCCAUUGCGGGUUUACAGCCGGGAGGGCCGGUAUGGUCUCGGCGGGGAGGAGCUAUUCCUAACUUUGUGCUGCUUCCUUGAUAUCCCGAUGCAUUGGCGGAUUGUGAUCGGGCUUGGGCGAAAGGGAGUCGGGACGGGAGUCGGGUGCUGGCAGACAUAAGGCACCGCAUGGAUUGUUUGGUUUAUUAUACCCCGGUAGAGAUUUGAGGUUUGGAUGAGCAGGAUGAGUAGGAUGAGGUGGUAAAACGGGAGAGGGUGUUGUCCCCGUUCGUUUUAUGAGGAGUGGAAACAUGAACCUGUUGGAUGUUAGUUGAGCGCCCCUAUAAACCCCGCCCACCUAGUGCUAUAGUGUGGUGAAUCUGGUGAUUGCGUGAAUGGCUAGGACCCACUGUAGCGCAG